AUGGUGAAGUCAUAUUUGAAAUUCGAGCAUUCGAAUACGUUCGGGCUCGUUGCGUCCGCUUCGUCGAAUGCGAUUUGGGCUCGGGACGAUGACUUCCUAGGCACUGCGCGCCGGACAGGUGCCGGACGAGCGAUUGUUGGUGCCAGUGACGAAGUUCUAUGCUGGGAUAUCAAGAAGGGAGAAUUGCUGGCACGAUGGCGAGAUACAUCCUGCAAAGCGCAGGUCACGGCUAUCACCCAGAGCAGGACAGACGAGGAUGUUUUCGCGGUCGGAUACGAUGAUGGAAGUAUCCGUAUUUGGGACUCGAGAACAGCAACCGUUAUCAUUUCCUUCAACGGUCAUAAAUCGGCCAUUACUCAGCUCGCCUUCGACAAUGCCGGUGUGCGCCUUGCAAGUGGCUCGAGGGACACAGAUAUUAUCGUGUGGGACUUGAUUGCAGAAGUUGGACUCUUCAAGCUGCGUGGACACACCGACCAAGUUACCUCGCUUCAUUUCCUCUAUCUGUCUACGGAGCUACUCCAAGCCGCGGGUCUCAGCGAACAUGCUGGCUUCCUGCUCACUACUGGCAAGGAUUCUUUGAUCAAAGUCUGGGAUCUGGCAUCGCAACACUGCAUCGAGACUCACGUGGCGCAAUCGAAUGGUGAGUGCUGGAGCCUGGGUCUUUCUCCCGACCAGAGCGGCUGCAUCACUGCCGGAAAUGAUGGAGAACUCAAAGUCUGGUCGAUUGAUGAAAGCGCAAUGCUCGAAAUCUCGAGAGAAAAGGUCGGCUCGGAAGGCCGCAAGAUCUUGACAGAUAGAGGGACAUUUUAUCGCAACGGCAAGGACCGAACGAUCGGUAUCAGCUUCCACCCGCGCGCUGAUUAUGUUGGAUUCCACGGGUCGGAGAAGGCCGUAGAAAUCUGGCGCAUUCGCUCAGAGACAGAGGUGCAGAAGAGUUUGGCAAGGAAGCGCAAGAGAAGAAAGGAAAAAGAAGCGCAGCGUGCCAAGGACGGAGAAUUGGUGAAAGUCGACAAUGACAAGGCCGAUGAUGUUUCUGCCGCACCUGUUACGGAGGUCUUCGUUCCCCAUGUUAUUGUUCGCACAGGCGGCAAGAUUCGUUCCUUUGACUGGAUUCGAACGAAAUCAACUGGAAAUAUUCAGCUUCUAGCUGCUACCACGAACAACCAGCUGGAAGUCUUUAGCGUGGUCACUGCAAACAAGAAGAAGGACGAGGAGGAUUCAGAUUACAGCCGCAAUCUCGCUGUCGACAUUCCUGGUCACCGCACCGAUAUCAGAUCCAUUGCCUUGAGCUCUGAUGACCGCAUGCUGGCCUCUGCCUCCAACGGUAGCUUGAAGAUCUGGAACGUACGCACGCAGACUUGCCUCCGUACCCUGGAAUGCGGUUAUUCCUUGUGCUCUGCCUUCCUUCCUGGAGACAAAAUUGUGGUGGUGGGCAAUAAGAACGGCGAGUUGGAGGUCUUCGACAUUGCGUCUUCAACCUUGCUGGACACGAUCAAAGCCCACGACGGACCAGUCUGGUCCUUGCAUGUUCAUCCCGAUGGCAAGUCGAUGGUUACUGGUAGUGCUGACAAGACUGCCAAGUUCUGGAGUUUCCAGGUCGUCCAGGAAGAAAUCCCGGGCACCAAAAGAACCACACCACGUCUCAAGCUCGUGCACACCAGAACUUUGAAGGUUGCCGAUGACAUUCUUUGCCUUCGGUUCUCUCCAGACGCGCGCUUGCUCGCUGUCGCCCUCUUAGACAACACGGUCAAGGUCUUCUUCACCGACUCCCUCAAACUCUUCCUCAACCUUUAUGGCCACAAACUUCCCGUUCUCAGCAUGGACAUCUCUUGGGACAGCAAACUCAUUGUGACGUGCUCAGCCGACAAGACGGUACGUUUGUGGGGUCUGGACUUUGGUGACUGCCAUAAAUCAUUCCUGGCCCAUGAGGACAGCAUCAUGGCUGUCGCUUUUGUACCCACCAACAAGGAAGGAAAUGGUCACAACUUUUUCAGUGCCAGCAAAGAUCGUGUGAUCAAAUACUGGGAUGGCGAUAAAUUUGAGCAUAUUCAAAAACUCCAAGGCCACCAUGGUGAGAUCUGGGCUCUUGCGAUCAGCCAUAUGGGCGAGUUCAUUGUUAGCGCAAGUCACGAUAAGAGUAUUCGCACUUGGCAACAGACCGAUGAGCAACUCUUCCUGGAAGAAGAGCGCGAGAAGGAGCUCGAAGAGAUGUACGACAACACACUUACAGCUUCUCUCGAUCAGGAGGAGGACGCAGAUGGAGAGAAGGCCGAAGCAGUUGAUGCCGGGAAGCAGACAGCCGCUACGCUUAUGGCCGGAGAGAAGAUCAUGGAGGCUCUGGAUCUGGGUAUGGAGGAUCUGGAGGUCAUGCGGCAAUGGCGUGCUGUCAAAGCCAGUCAACCAAAUGCUGCACCACCGAGCCGCAACCCUCUAUAUAUGGCGCUCGGUGAUAUCUCCGCGGAGCAAUAUUUGCUGAAUGUGGUCCAGAAGAUCCCUGCUGCAGCACUCCAGGACGCUCUUCUUGUGUUGCCAUUCUCCAAACUACCUGCGCUCUUCACAUUCCUCAACAUCUGGGCCAACCGGGGAUGGAACAUCCCUCUUACCUGCCGGGUUCUCUUCUUCAUGCUCAAGACGCACCACCGUCAGAUCAUCGCCAGCAAGAUGAUGAAGCCUAUGCUGGACGACAUCCGGGCAACCUUGCGUCGGGUCCUCACGCGGCAAAAAGACGAGAUGGGUUUCAACCUGUCAGCGUUACAGAUCAUCGGCCAGCAAGUGCGGGAAUCGAGCACCAAGGACUAUGUCGACGAGGAAACUUGGGAGCAGGAACACCCACAGGUGUCAGGUACCGGCAAGAAGCGGUCGUUUGUUCAUAUUGCUUGA